GCCACGCUUCAGCGCCAGGCAGAGGGACUGAGCCGUUGGUGCUGUUACACAAGAGAGCGGCAGACAGCGGCCCCGCCACUCCCCCGCUGGUGGAUUAGAAGCUGAUCGAAGCAACAGUGCCAUAAAGCAAUGGGCUAGAUGCUUCCAGAGGCUGCAAUCCGGCAUUUGGAGGUGCAGGUAGGUACUUAGACAUCUUUGAAAGACGGCUUUACACUACGAAACCACCUAUAGCAAAGGGAGACUGGAAGCAUCAGAAUCUGCUGCAUUUAGCAUCAGGGUGAGCUGUAAGAGCUUCAGUUCAAAUGCUGGCCAGAUGAAGUAAUAACACUCCACACUACAGCUCCUGAGCCUUACAACUACAACCUCUACACAAAAUACAUAUGUCAAGUUCAAAGGACUCUGUAAAGUUCUGAAAAGUGGAUAAGAAAAAGAGAACUAAGUAGGAAUACCAGAAACAGUAAUGACCAAACAGUGAACUCCCUGGCCCACCAAGACCUUCACUAUGACCGAUGGGGACUACGAUUAUCUGAUUAAACUCCUGGCCCUUGGAGAUUCAGGGGUGGGGAAGACGACAUUUCUUUACAGAUACACAGAUAAUAAAUUCAAUCCCAAAUUCAUCACUACAGUAGGAAUAGAUUUUCGGGAAAAACGUGUGGUUUAUAACACGCAAGGACCUAAUGGAUCUUCAGGGAAAGCGUUCAAAGUGCAUCUGCAGCUUUGGGACACAGCGGGCCAAGAGCGGUUCCGGAGCCUCACCACCGCAUUUUUCAGAGACGCCAUGGGCUUCUUGUUAAUGUUUGACCUCACCAGUCAACAGAGCUUCUUAAAUGUCAGAAACUGGAUGAGCCAACUGCAAGCAAAUGCUUACUGUGAAAAUCCAGACAUAGUAUUAAUUGGCAACAAGGCAGACCUGCCAGACCAGAGGGAAGUCAAUGAACGACAAGCCCGGGAAUUAGCUGAAAAAUAUGGCAUACCAUAUUUUGAAACAAGUGCAGCGACUGGACAGAAUGUAGAGAAAUCUGUGGAAAUCCUUCUGGACUUAAUAAUGAAACGAAUGGAACAGUGUGUGGAGAAGACACAGGUCCCUGAUGGUGUCAAUGGCGGAAAUUCUGGAAAGCUAGAUGGGGAGAAGCCAGAAGAGAGGAAAUGUGCCUGCUAGACUCUACAUAGGAGCUGAUAAACAAGAAAGCCCAUCCAAAUAUUAUUUCUGAAAACAGUAACAAAUCACAAAUUGUUGUUGAGUAGACCAUGCACAACAGCAUGUUUUUCUUUUUCACCCAGAAAAAUCUAUUUUAAGAAACCAGUAUAGUCAAAAGUGUUCAAAAGAAUUGACCAGCUAUUCUUGAGUCCUUUCCAAAAAUAUAAGAUUUCCUAAGGUGAUCUAACCGUCAUGGAUGUUCAAAUAUUUUUUAUAAAGAAGCAUAGUAUAUAAGAGUGUAUGUAAGAAAUAAAUAUCAAUGAGAUUUUAAAAAGAGAGAUCACACAUUAUCUUGUCACACUUGAGAAAGGAAUAGGCUACUAAUGGAAGAAUGUAGAUUUUUUAAAUUUGCAUUUAUUUAUAUAAAAUAUGAUUCAUACUUCCACAUUGCAUUGGGGAAAACACAUUAGCUAAAACUGGUUACACAAUGAAAAAUCCUAUGUGAUUCAUUAAGAAUGACAUUAUUGUAUGUACACAGUAAGCUGAACUAGAGUGGUAAAUCACUUAUAAGGUUAUGAGUGGGUGAAUGUCAGAAUUCUCCUGAAAUGAGGAGAUUAUAUAGUAAUACAAUUUUUAUAGUCCUAAGUGGCAGAUAGACAAGAACAGGAUUGUGAAUGACACAGUAUAAGAGAAAUGCCCUGGAGGAAAAACCCAAAAAUAUAGGAAUAUGGCAUUUGUACAGCUGAAAUUAAAUGUAUCUGCUACAGAUGUCUGAAAGAGUUACUUACUCAAAUUUCACUCAAGCCACUUAGAAGCUCACAUUAUCAGUUGGGAUUAAAAGGAAAUCUAAAGGUUUUCAUUUCCAACAACAUUUUAUUUUUCUCAGCAAAUGUGGUAAAUAGUCACAAAGACAAACCACUGCUGUGUAUCAAAUAUCUCUUAUUUAACCUAAAAUUUAAAGAUAUAAUAUAUUGUUGAUAUAAAACAAAAGUAACUAUUAAUUAUGGGUUUUCUUUCAGUUUACAAAAGCACUAGAAAGUUUAAUUCAUAUUUUUCCUUCCAACCUUCAUCUACCCCAACUUUGAAUCAAUUGCAAAAAUGUUAAGUGUGUCACUUUUUAGAUCAACAACUUCAGAAUAAUGAUGGAUCAAUUCUAGAUCACUCUGAAUUUUCAUGUCAUUAAUCAUAUAAAAAUUGAUAAUACCUCAUUCUUUCUUACAAUAUGUUUUUAUUUUGUCUAAGGAAAAAAAAUCUAUAGCUGAACUAUGAGGGUUGGGCCUGGAUAAAGCUGUAUCUUAUCUCACCAAAAAUUGCUUUUUUUUUUUUUAAAUAAAGCUGCCUUUUCUUUCUAAAAAUUAUCACAAAGGUAUUUUCUAUUGACCAUUUCUUAUAAUUGUGUACACUAAAACUAGUACAUUAGUUUUUGACCUUUGUUUCUGAUACCCAAAAGCCAUUCCUUUUACAAUAGUAUUUAUAUAUAAAUAAUAUACCAGUCAAUUUUAUCAAUACUAAAGGCAACUAUUUCACAUUUUUUCUUUUUAGUAUGAGUAUAUGAUUUUUUGACAGGAUCAUUCAUUUUCCUAUUAAAUUUUUCCACCUAAACCUAGUUAUUUCAUACCCUGUAUAUUUACUUUAAGUUACAAACAUUAGUGACCCUAAAAUCCCAGUUCCCUCUUCAACCUGUCCUACAACCUCCAUCUGCUAUUGAAUCAGUUUCAGAAACACAGGAAGAUCCAAGAUUAUAACUAGUUUUGUUUUUAGGAUGAACUAGACCCAGAAAUGUGCCACAAAACAAAAUAGUUUGUAAGCUUUUAUGAGAAUGGUCCCUAGUAUAAUUUUCAGUGUUAGCUGUACAGUGUUAACUAAGGCUUUAGCACCGUGCCAGCUUCUAAGUUUGAUCAUGGUUUUCAGUGGUGUUUUCUCUAGAAUGCUCUUCAUGAUCUCAAUGCCUGUGCCAUGAAGAUAGAAAGCUAUUAGCUAAAUAUUUAAGGUAUUUCUUUUAGAAGGAAACUGGGGGAGAAACCAUAUAACCAUUGCUGUCACAAAAUUUGGUGAAUUUUUGUGAUCGUUAUGAGUUUCUUGGUGGGCGGGGGGCGGUGUGCGCGGAUUCAAAUUGUGAUGCUCCUCGAUUUCCAUAAUAGGAAAUGCUUGGCUUUUAUAAAAUGCUAAAGAUAUUCUUGUUGAAUAUGUCUUUCAUUUAUUAUUCAUUUUCCAGUUAUAUGAUUGAUAUAAUGUGCCAAGAUUCUGUCAUUGUCAAUUAUCUAAUGAGUAUUUUUUCAGGGUCUAUUUUAAGAUUGUUAUUUGAUAGCUGGAGCAUGAAGCAGAGGGUGAUGAUGCCCAUAAUUAUAUCACUAUGCCUGUAAAAAUAACAAUUAUUGGGUAAUAAUCUCAAGAGGAAAGAAAUUUAAAACUGACAAGAAAAUUAAAAUGUUAUUCUAUUUUUAAGUAAAUACUUGAUCUAAAAAUAUUUUCCCUGUAAAAUUUGACAUGUAACCCUAAAAUCUAGGUAGCCAUUAUUAGGAAUUCCUUCUUCCAUUAUUACAAGAUCAAUAAUAGCUCAAUAGAAUUCAUUUCCAAUUUCAAAUUUAUCUGGUGACAUGAAUACACAAACUGCUUUAAAUACGGGCCGGGGAUUUAGCUCAGUGGUUUCACCGACUGCUGCGUAAGUGCAAGGACCCGAGUUUGGUCCCCGGUACCAAAAAAAAAAAAAAAAAAAGCUGCUUUAAAUAAUUCCGUGUUCUUUUUAUCCCACAACGGUAUAUAUUUUCAUCCAAGAUGUGUCCUGUUAGCGAUUGUCUCCAAAUGCUUCAGUAAACCAUACUGUAUUUUGAAGAAAUGUUUAAAAUGUACGUGAAAUCCUUUCUGAUAUAGAACUACCUUCUAGAGUGUUUACACUGGUUUGAUGUUUACAUCAUCCUAACUCAGUGCCUCAAAUACUUCUGUGACCAAAUUUGUCUCCAACCACAGCUCAUUUCCUCUUAUCUCCUUUUAGGAAGGCCUUACUGUGGCACUAACACGGCUAAAGGUCUUCUGAUAUCUUCAGCAAAGGAUUCAGUGACUUUAUUGGAAUGUGGAGAUUGUUACCUUCCUCUCUUGGUUUCCUAGCUUACUUCUCACAGAGUGGGAAUUACUUGAGACUGUUAACUGUGAUUAGGUACAAGGCUGUCUUUUAAUGUAAAAGCAGAAAGCCUUUUAAAAAUGUAUCAAACACAGUCAAGAAAACAUAGUGUUUGUCUUGGUCUGAUGACGGUAACAUGCCAUGAAGUGAAGACAAUACUGAGUGCUGGGAGUUGAAUUUGUAUAUCUAUUAAGAAUUCUAAAACUCUUCUAAGUUACCACUUUAACCAUUUAUCUCUCAUUUCCAUAUUAUCAGCUAUCACACUGCAAACAAUUUAAGACUAGCAUUUUCUAAAGUAUUUUAUCUGUUAUACUUUACCAAAUGGGCCAUUCUGUGUGUCUUUGUCAUGCCUCUAUUGUAGCUGUUUGCCAACCUGUACAGAUAGGAAGAAGUUGGCAAGAGUUUUUAUCAGUGCUUUCUUGUUCCUGUAUAAGAAAUAGAAGCUUGACUGUAAAGACAUGACUGCAUUAAAAAUGAAUGUAACAGCCACAAUUUGAAUGUAUUUAAACUGUAAAUUGAGUCUAUUGGGAAUCGACAAAUUUGAUGAAUCUUGUGUUAUCUUCAACACUAUAACAAAAGCUAGAAACCAAUAUAGUGCACUGAACACAGUGGAUGACAAAGCAUAGUAUAUAAUUUGCAACACUUGUAUCUGUGCAAUAAGAUCAUUUGCUGUUCUAAAUCUCUGGUCAUUUUAAACAGAUACAUAUGCUUUUGUCAAUGUGUAUCACACCAUAAAAUUUGAGAAAAAAAAUCAUCCAUAAGGAUUUUAAAUUUAUAUUAUAAAACUCAAAAUAUAAAAAAUGAUAUUCUAAUCUCUUGUUUCCUAAAAAUAUGUAAUAUCUUUUUUAAGAGAGAAUUUGAGAGCAGAUGUUAGCCAAAGUGAUAAAAGAGUUGUCUUUUACCAUCUAUUACCAAGCUUUACAGCACUGUCGAGUGUGUUUGCAUAUUUUAGGGAAAGAUUUAUCAUUUCUAAUGAUGCUAAGAUGCUGUCUAUAUUUGAAAGGUUGUCUAAAAUUUUUCCACAGCUAUAUUUUCUUCUUGGUCCUUGACCAAGGUGAUAUCAGCUUGUUUCUUGGGAGAGUGUUGAUCUCUUAAAACGUAAAAAUAAAUAUAGAAUGGUACCUUAUAUGAAUGUUUGUCUCAAUGCUUUAUAAAUCUCUGAGGCUGCUUGUCUCAUAAUGUAAAAAUUAUAAAAGUAUUGGAUACAUUGAAGAUUUUAUGAAAUUAUUGCCUUUGAAUUCUUGGGUGAAGGCCUAUCCAAAAUGACAUGGUUGAGCAAAAACUGUGAAGAGAAAUAAGAAUUAAAAGUUGCCUAAAUUAUACUCUUUGAUACAGGAGAAUAUGAAGAAAGGUAUUGGUUGAUUUUUAGAAAAAAAGGAUUGGAGUGUUUAUAACUAGAUCCAUGGAAAAUAUUCAUUUUAAUCUAACAACUAGAGGUUAUGCCCUUAAAUUAAGCUAAUAAAAUAUUUAAACACUAAAUAUUUCAUUAGUGUCAUCAAAAUUUGGGAUAUUUAAAAACAUUUAAUUUACUAUCUAUGAAUCCAAUAUCCUCAUAAAUUGUACCUGGACUACUUUUAUGAGGAAUAACAUCCUAAAUAUGUUUUUCUGCAGAGUUCCUUGUAUCAACAGUCAAUGGUUAAGAUAUUUUUUAACUUCAUAUAUAAAGAAAAGCGUUAACAAAAAUAAACAAACAAAAACAUUAGUACCAAAAUAGUGGGACUAAAGAUAAUGUCAUCUUUUGUGAAAAAAUAUAAUUUAUUGAGUGGUUUAAAUGGGAUUUUCUGGUUCCUUUCCUUUCUAAAAGGUCUUGGAAGUCAUAGCUAAUAUCUCUCAGCUGACUUAAUCUGUAAAGCUUAUUAGUACAUUCUGUAAGAACCAGCACAUCUGAUCUUAACUAAAUGGAUCCCUUAUUUAACCAGUUCCUACUGCCCUUAUAUUUGUUGGCACAUAAAAAUAUUGUCUGUAAUCUAUGCUUAUCCUUAUUUUUUUCUGGGUGACUUUUCCCCAAAAUUCUCUGAAAGAAAGCCUAGUGUUGCAGAAAGAAAAAGUGUCCUUGGGGACCUUAUUAUGUCAUUCAAUAUCUUAGUGGCUUCUCAUGUGAGUUUAUAAAACUUGAGUGCCUCAAAGUGUACGCAACAGACUCAAAUGAGAAUAUAUUAAAACUGGUUUGUAAAUUGUAUUCCCUCUCAUAAACAGACACUUAAACUAAAAAUGAGUUAAAAAGUCAUAAUCUGGACCACUUGUAAGAAAUAUAGCAGUAGGGGCUGGGGAUUUGGCUCAGUGGUUCCGCCGCCUGCCUUGCAAGCACAAGGACCCAGUACCAAAUUUAAAUAAAAAAGAAAGAAAGAAAUAUAACUGGAACACCACACUAAUUUCAAUAAGGGGACGAGAAACUACACAUGAGCAGUCACCUUGAGGUGCCUGGAUUUGAUUGAAAAUGUUGAAUAUAUCUAAAUGUUGAAAAAAUAUGAGCUUUACUUCAGUCUGUGUGUUAUCUUGUAUUUCUUUCAAAGAAAUCAAUUCAAUUAUAAAUAGUACAUUAUAACCUGGUCAAAAUCUUCUGUACAAAUAGGGCUUUUGUGUCUAUUAACUUGUACAAGAUUCUGAUUGUAUUUGAAAUUAAGAAAAAUAAAUUAUUCUGCUUUAGUUAAUGUGUUAAAAGUAGACAAUAUUCUAUUAAAAUAACACUGAAGUGCUUUACUGUAGCCCACUAGUUUACCUUUGAGUAAUGUUAUCCUCAUUUUUAAACUAGGCAUGUUUUGUCUGUCUUCUGCACAGAUCUCUGUUUUGUCUAAUGAUUUGAAUAUAACUCAAAACUUUGAACUUGAAGUUUUUAUUUUAUAUGCCCCUGAAUAGACUGUGGUUCCUGACAAACUCAGUUAGGUCAUUAUUUUGUUGUACCAAAGUUCUAGUGGCUUCAGAGAUUCUAGCAUCCAACGAUUCUGUGGCAUGUGGGUUUGAAUACCAUGGUUGAGAUAUGUAUUCAGUGAUUGUUUCUGCACACUUUUCAAAUAAAAAUGCAUUUUUAUCAA